CCAUACGCUGGUUACAAUGCUCUGGUCACUUAUUUACAAACCUAUAAGAAGGCAUCAUAUUGCAGUUUUCUCGAGCUUAAUCGAGAUGCCGCCAAUUUUUUAAGAGAAGCCGAAAGAUUAGGAGACCAAGAAAAUUUUACGAUUUUAAAAGAAAAGUCUGCUGGUUCUGGAGGAGGGAUUGGAUAU